AUGGGUUCCAAAGACAUGAAGGACAUUGUUGGAAUGGACAAAGACGACCUUUCUCGUAAUAAAGCAGUAAAAGUAAGUCUUAUAUAUUGUUUUAGAUCUUUAAAUUUAGAUAAAUCGUCCGCCAAUGAAACGUCCGUCUGGAAUGAGUCGAGAACUUUACAAUCUAAUGGCUCAUGGGCCCAACGAGGAGAAUCUAUUAAUUGCCGUGCCUUCUGGAAACAAUGACAAGCAGUUUAUGAAAAAACAGGUAGGAUAAGGUUAUCGUUUUGCUUGAUAAUAAUGUUUUAGAUUAUGUUUCGAAAAGUGAGGAAAUGGCAUUGGAGACCGUUUGAACACCAAGGAAGAACAGACGGGUAUAAAUUGAGUCAUUGGGAACGAGAAGAUUUGAAUCAAAACGAGCCUUACAUUUUUGCUAGGAUGAAUAAGGUAAUUUUGGAGCUUUUUGUGUUUCAACGUUUAGGUAUAGAAAUGAUUGUGCUUUUAAAGGUUGUACAAGAUAAUAGUGUUGCUGUUUUAGCGUUUAAAUCUACCUCGAUUCACACAAGAAGAAUAUGAGCGGCACUUCCAAGCUGACAGAUGGACUUUUGAAUCCACUGAUUAUCUUUUCGAAAUGUGUGAACGUUUCGACCUCCGAUGGCCAGUUAUCAACGCGAAUUUUGACACAAAACAUGGUGUAUUCUCUAUGGAAGAUAUGAAGGAUCGAUUUUAUCGGAUAUCUAACUUAUUAAAGCGAGACAAGAACCUUGAUGGUGCCAUCUACCACUUUGACGCAGAAAAUGAAAGAAAGCGGAAGUUACAGCUGGAAAUGUUGUGGAAUCGAACUGAAGAUGAAGUAAUUAGCUUUUAAAGGGUUUUUUUAUAAUUUAGUUUUGAGUAUGGGUGUUAUAUUUUGGAAGUUUUAUUGAGUACCAAUGUUGUUUUAGAUAAAAGAAGAAGAAAUGUUGCGAGCUCAAAUGAGAAGGAUCGAGAACCGUCGUAAAGAACGAGAAAAACGUACUCAAGAUUUACAAAGACUUAUUAAUGUUGUGGAACGAAGUGCUAGUCCAGAACCGUGAGUUUUACUUGUUUUAUUUGUUAUAUUGUUUUAGAUUGAUCUGAAGGAAGUCUAAAAUAUUUGAUAUAAAGAGAAUGUCUUUGGUCUUUGGCUUAAAAUGUCUUGGCAGAUAAAAACAAUCUUAGUAACAAUAAUUUGGGUAAUAACAUAAUCUUUUAUUCGUUAUAUUGUUAUAGGAACGGAUCAACGACAGGCAAUCAAACUCGAUCAAGUCGACGUGCCCAAAAACAACCGAAAACUCAGAUGAUGGCGGCACAUUUGUUUUCAAAUGACAUUCCAAACCUACGGGUAGUUGAAUACAAGUCUGCUGGACCUCAUCUUCGAUCGCAGGAGAUGAAGUUGCCCAGCAAUUUGGGCCAAAAAAAGCUCAAGGCAAUCGAUGCGGCCGUGGAGAAGUAUCAAAUUCGUAAGUUUUUAAUAGAUUUUUUAUUGUAAAUGCGGAUUUAAGGGUGUUUUGGUGUAGGACUUAGUAAUUUAGAUAUUACUAACUAAAAAGUGUCCCGCUACUUUUGGUUCAACCUAAUAUAUUAGAUUGUUCAAAUAAUUCUGUGCCUUAUAUAUAAACGAAUUUUUGGAGUUGGAGGCACAGAAUUAUUUAAAAACCUAAUCUUUUUAAAUUUAAUUUUUUAAAUUUUAGCAUUGGCCCUACCUGCUCACGAAGAAAUCGUCCGCUUGUUCAACGACUUCCGAGCUCGUGUUGUUUUCGCCCAAGAACUUCGAAAUGCACUUCAAGGAACCCAAUGA